AUGAAGCUGGGAGAUUGUUGCAGUUCUCAGGGCUCUGUAGCAAAAAGCGUUCAGGCUCCGUGGUGGCUAAGGCCUGACCCCUGUUGUCCAAAAGUGGUCCUGUCUCGAAAACUCAGUCCAUCCCCAGCUAUUCCACCAGGCCCCCUCCUGCCCCCUCCUACCCCCGUCCUCUCCCGUGUGGGUGCUAAAUCCAUGAUGGCUGUGGGUCAUAAAGAGCACGUGGGCCUGAUCCGCCUCGGUCCCGGAGCUACAGGCUGCAGCGACCGCAUUCUGGAGCUAAGUGUUUAUGUGAUGUUGUGUUCAAGGUCUGUUUCCAUAGAAGUGAAAACAAACAAGUGUUUACUACAAGGACAGACGGACGGGUCCUGGUCUGAGGGGACGAGGAGAUCAGCAGGAGCCACAGGAGGAUUGGAGUGCCUCUGUGUGAGUGACUGCCUUCAGUUUCCCUAA